AUGUCGGGUUACGAAUGGAACUUACUUGAAUUGUGCGAGAUAAGAUGGAAAGGAAUAGGAGAGACAAACAUUGAAGGUGGACACAAAAUGUGGUGGAGUGGAAGCGGAGAGAAACAUGAAAAGGGAGUAGGUUUCAUUGUCCAUAAGGAAUGGACUAACUCUGUCAUUGAAUGCGUUCCCACCAACGAGAGGAUCCUCAAAAUCAGAAUUGCGGCAAAACCAAGGAAUAUUAGCGUUGUGCAGAUAUAUGCACCAACAAACAGCUCGUCAGAAGAAGACAUCGGUGAGUUCUACGAUGCCCUAGACGAUGUGUUGGAGAACACUGAGAAGCGAGACUACAUCAUCGUUCAAGGAGACUGGAACUGCCAAAUUGGAAGCGACGCAUAA